AUGUCUUCGGAACAAGUUGAUUUUGUAAGAGGUCGUCCACAGACCGAUGAUUCGUCAUCGUCAUCGAAUUUCGAUCAUAAGAGAAAAAGAAAUUUAGAUGAUAAUAGUAGUACAGGAAGAUCUUCAAGAGAUAGUAAUAAUCAAAAGAAUGGUGGUGGUGGAAAAGGUGGAAAGAGAGGAAAUAAGAAACAAAAGAGUAAGAAAUCGGAUGAUGCUGCUUCUGCUGCCGCUGCUGCUGGUAUACCAACACUCAAGACCGACGACAAAGAUCUUUUCACAGACGACUAUAAAUUGUUGAAACAAAAGAAAUCGAAAUUGUACGAUCCAAACGCACAGCAAGACUCUGACGAGGAGGCCGACAUCAAGACCAAGAAAGGAAAGAAGAUGCCAUCAGAUUAUCUCUCAAAGAAACAGGAACAGGAUGCCCAGAAACUACUUCCAUUCUUAAGAGCCAAUUUCUCAAAGGAUGCCAAUCGUCUUUUAUUUAAAAAUUUCUAUACUGGUUUAGUUGUAAUGGGAUGUCUUGAAAGUAUUUCCAAUAUGGAUUUGACAUUCUCACUUCCUUUUGGUGCCAAAGGUUAUGUGAAAUUCAAUGAGAUUUCAGAUGAAUUCACAAAGUAUCAAGAGUCCGUCAUGAGAAGUAAAGAUAUACCAAGUAACUUUGUUAAGCUCGACACCAUUAUGAAUCGUAUCAAAGGAAUGUUCAUGAUUGGUCAAAUCAUGAAAGUUGCAAUCGUCGGUCUAACCGAUAACGCCAAGAGUUUUGGUUUACAUUGUACACUUAGAACUGAUGUUGUUAAUGUUGGAUCAACUACAUCGACAUUCAAAGAGGGUAUGACAAUCUUUGGUGAGGUGAAGAGUGUUGAGGAUCGUGGUUAUAUUGUUUCGUUCGGUAAGGACGUCGAAGCCAAGGGAUUCAUCGAGCAUUCGAAUACACGUUAUUUCUGGCCGGUUCAAGGUGCCGGCACCCAGUGGAAUGAGAACGAGUGCCGUCUCGCUCAGGGUCAACCGCUGGAGGCAGUGAUCACCGAGAUCGACAGCGCCACCAAUACUUUCAAGUUGAACGCAUCACAUCCACUCAUCAAUCGUUCGACAGUCACUGACAGCGCCGUCGUCACCAUGGACUCUAUCAAAGCCGGUAUGAUGGUGGACACCAAGAUUGCCAAGAUCUACAGAAACGGUAUCUCUGUUACUUUUCUAGAUUAUUUCGCAGGUGACAUCUUUUUCACUCAUCUAGAGAAACCAUUGUCUGAAUACAGUGUAUCAAUGAACUUGAAAGCAAGAAUAUUAUAUGUAGAUCAAAUCGAUAAGAAGAUUGGUUUGUCUGCACUUUCACAUGUACUCGGUCUUAGACCUUAUCCAUUCGGUCAGAUCAAACCAGGUGCCAUUUUCAAAUCUUCAGAGAUUCAAAUCACCAGAGUAGAUCCAUUGGAGAUGUACGUUUCAAUCAAUUCAUCACAAAACUCACAACCACUUAAAGGAUAUAUACAUCAUAAAAAAAUACCAGAUGUAAAAGUUGAUAAUUUGAAAUCAAUAUAUCAUCCCAAUGGUAAAUUCGAUAAAGAUUGUAGAAUCAUUCACGUCGAUCAUGUCGAUGCAAUGGUAACACUUACACUCAGCAAAUCCGAUCUAUCUAAAGAAGUAUAUAAUUACUACAAUCUAUUCCCAGGAAUGAUUAUAAAUGCUGUAAUUAAAAUUAUUAGACCGGAUUCAAUUGAGGUUGAAGUUAGUCCAUCGAUUUACGGUGUCGUUCCAAAGCAUAAUAUUGCCGAUACGAUCUUGAGCGAUCCAUCGAAGAAGUUCAAGGUUGGCCAGGCCGUUCGUUGUCGUGUGUUGUCGUGUGUGCCACAAUACAAGCGUCUGAUGUUGACCAUGAAGAACUCGUUGAUCAACUCGACACUCCCGAUAUUCACCAACUCGGCCAAUGUCAACGUCGGUGACAUCUCACACGGUUACAUUUCGAAUAUCAAGGACAACAGCCAUAUCUUUGUCACUUUCUUUGACAAGUGUUUCGGUAUCGUCCAGAAGAAGCAUCUCUCCAACUUGCCGGUCACCAUGAUCGAAGAUCACUUUAAGAUCGGUCAGGUCGUAGCCGCACAGGUCAUCGGUAGAAACAAGUUUUCACUCGAUCUCUCACUUGUCAUCUCCAACUUGGAAGAGGAAGAAGAUCAACCACAAGUCAAAGAUGAACCAAUCGAUAAUAUUAAAAAAGAACAACAAUCAUCAGACGAUGAAAGUGAAGAUGAAUCAGAGUCAGACGAUGACGACGACGACCAUAAAGAUAAAGUAGAAAUAAAAGAUGAACCAGAAGAUAGUGAAGAGGAAGAUGAUGAUAUUGAAGAAGAAUCAGAAGAAUCAGAAGAAGAAUCGGAAUCGGAAGAAGAGGAAAAAGUAGUAGUAAAGAAACAACCAGCACCAGUUCAACAAAAUAAUAAUAAUAAGAAAUUAAAUAAUAAUAAUAAUAACAACAACAAUAAUAACAAUUCAAAGAAUAAUAAUAAACAAACUCAACCACAACAAAAACAACAACAACAACAACAAAAACAAACAGUCACUUCUACUAAGAAUAAUAAUAGUAAUAACAAAUCGUCAACAACACCUUCCAAGCAAACAAACACAAAGAAAUCAAGAAAUAAUUUAAAACUUAUUAAUUUCAAUACUACUCAAAAGAAUAUUACUGUCCAAAAUGGAUAUAGUUCCCUUACUAUUAAUAAUGUUAAUUCCAAUCAAAGUUCCAAUCAAUUGACAGAAUUUACCAGACCAUUUUGGUCAGUUUGGUAA